AUGUGGGGUGUUGGUGUGGUUGGUUUGUUUGUUUUGGGGGUGAGGGGGAUUGAUUAUUUUGUGGGGGGGUGGGGUGGUGGUUGGGGGGGGGGUGGGUGGUGGGGGGGGGGGGUGUGUAGGGUGGGGGAGUGGGUGGGGUUUGUGUGGUGUGGGUUGUGGGGGUGUUGGGGGGGGGUGGGGUGGUGGGGGGGGGUGGGUGUGAGGUGUGUUGGGUUUAUUGGGUGGGUGUUGUGGGGGUGGGUUUUGGGGUGGAUUUUUGGGUUGAGGUGGGGUUUUGGGUGUGGGGUUUGUGGGUUUGUGGGUGGUGAGUGGGGUUGUUGGGGGUUUUUUGGUUGUGUGUAUGGUGGGUUGUGGGGGGUUGGUGGUUGUGGGGGGGGGUGUAUUUUGGUUGGUGGUUGGGGGGGUGGGUGGUUUGUGUUGUGUGGGAUUGGGUAUUGGGGUGGUGUUUUGGGGGUGGGUUUGUGUUUAGGUGGUGGGGGGGGGUUUGGGUUGUUGGGGGUUGUUUUGUGGGGGUUGAUGGGAGUGUUAGUAUUUGUUAGGAAGGGGGGUGGGGGUGUGGUGUGGUUGUUGUUUGGUGUUUGGGGGGGGGGUGUUUGGGUUUGGGUGUGUGGUUGGGUGUUUGGGGGGGGGGGGGGGGGUUUUGUGGGGUGUGGGGGGUGGGGUUGUUGUUGUAGAAUAAUAUAUAUUUUUUUUUUUGGGGGGGUGGGUUGGUUUGGGGGUGGUGUGGGGUUUGGUUGGUUUGUUGUGUGUUGGGGGGGAGUGUUGGGUUUGUUUGUGGUGGGGGGGGGUGGGUGUUUGUGGUUAUGGGGGGUGGAUUUGUGGGGUUGGUUUUGUUGGAUUUGGUUGUGGUGUGUAUGUGUGGGGGUGUGGGGGGUGUUGGGGGGGUGGGUUGGUGGGGGGGGGGUGGGGGGUUUGUGGGGGUUAAGGGGUUUGGUUGGUUGGGGUGGGUUGGGUGUGGGUGUGGUGGGGUUUGGUGGGGGGGGUGGGUGUGGGGGUGAUUGGGGGGGGGGGGGGGGGGGGUGGGUUGGUGGGGGUGUUGGGGGGGGUGGGGGGUGGGGGUGUUGUUGGGGUUGGUGUGGUUGGGGUUGGUGGGGGGGGGGGGGGGGGGUGUGUGGUGGGGGGUGGGGGGUGUGGGUGGUGGGGGUGGUGUUGGUGUUGGGGUGGUGGGGUGGUGGGGGGGGGGUGUGUGGUGGUUUGUGGUUUGUGUGGGUGUGGGGGUUGGUUUUAGGUUGGUGUGGUGGAAUUGAUUGUGGGUGUUGUGGUUUGGGGGGGGGGUUGGGUGGGGUGUAUUGGUGGGGGGGUUGUGUUGGGGUGGGGGGGUGGGGGGGGUGGGGGGGGGGGUUGGGGGGGGGGGGGGGGGUUUUUGGGGUUUGGGGGGGGGGGGGGUGGUGUGGGAGGGUGGGUUGUGUGUGUGUUUUGGGGGUGGGGUGGUUUUGGUUUGGUGGUUGGGUGGUUUGUGUUAUAUUUGGUGGGGGUUGGGGUUAUGGAGGGUUGGGGCGGCGCGGGGCCUUGGCGAGGCUGCGAGGCUCCUCUUUACAUAAUCAUGGAGGCGAAGGCUGGGACGCACACGCUCCGCACACUCCGCACGCUCCACUGAAGGGGCCGACUCACCACAGACCCCCUGAGUCACCACAGACCCCUGACUCAGCCACACCCUGCGGAACCACAGCAAAGCUCCUGAAUGAGAACACGUCGCCGAUCACGCCAGCGGACUUCACGGAAUACAAUUUUACUUUCACUUCAAAAAUGCACGCCACACUUAGGACGACCCUCCUCCCAGGCUUCUCUUGGAAUUCUCGACUACUUCUCUUUUGGCUUUUCUUUGAGCGAGUGCUUUGGUCUGAUGCGCAGCAGUCGGUGCCGGUUAUCUCCACGGCGCAGGGCAGGGUCCGCGGCGUCCUGACCCCUCUGCCCUCGGACCUCCUGGGGCCCGUGGUGCAGUAUUUAGGAGUUCCGUACGCCCGUCCGCCGGUUGGAGAGCGCAGGUUUCAGCCUCCGGAGCCAGCCUUACCGUGGCCCGGGAUACGCAACGCCACGCAGUUUGCACCGGUGUGUCCGCAGUCGCUGGACGAGCGGAACAUGCUAACGGACAUGAUGCCGUCGUGGCUAACGACGAACCUGAACAUCGCCGACGCCUACCUGACGCAGCAGAGCGAGGACUGUCUCUACCUCAACAUCUACGUGCCCACCGAGGAAGAGGAAGUCUCUGUACCUGCGUCCCCACAGAGAGAGGUGCCGUACCUGCGUCCCCACAGAGGGAGACGCCGUACCUGCAUCCCCGUAGAGGGAGGCGCCGUACCUGCGUCCACACAGAGGGAGACGCUGUACCUGCAUCCCCGCAGAGGGAGGCGCCGUACCUGCGUCCCCACAGAGGGAGGCGCUGUACCUGCGUCCCCACAGAGGGAGGCGCCGUACCUGCGUCCCCACAGAGGGAGACGCCGUACCUGCGUCCCAACAGAAGGAGGCGCCGUACCUGCGUCCCCACAGAGGGAGACGCUGUACCUGCAUCCCCGCAGAGGGAGGCGCCGUACCUGCGUCCCCACAGAGGCAGGGAGGCGCCAUACCUGCGUCCCCACAGAGGGAGGCGCCGUACCUGCGUCCCCACAGAGGGAGGCGCCGUACCUGCGUCCCCACAGAGGGAGGCGCCGUACCUGCGUCCCCACAGAGGGAGGCGCCUUACAUGCGUCCCCACAGAGGGAGGCGCCGUACCUGCGUCCCCACAGAGGGAGGCGCCGCACCUGCGUCCCCACAGAGGGAGGCGCCGUACAUGCAUCCCCACAGAGGGAGGCGCCUUACCUGCGUCCCAAAGAGAGGGAGGCGCCGUACCUGCGUCCCCACAGAGGGAGGUGCUGUACCUGUGUCCCCAUAGAGCGAGGCGCCGUACCUGCGUCCCCACAGAGGGAGGCCGGGUAA